UCAAAUCCGUAAAAUAAACAACCCCAAAUGCACCUCACAGAGCAGCGUAGUGGUAGUCAAGCCGCAUUGGCAAAUUGAAGCUGAAAACGGCCUCAGAGAAUCUCAAUUGCUGCAAUGUCUUCCUUGUUCAGAUUAAAGAGAUUUCCCUUUCUUGCUAACCCCACUUUUCUUCUUUCAUUUCACUCCCAUUUUCAUUAUGUACCCUCUUCCAUUCACAAUGUUGAUGAUGCUGUCUCACACUUCAACCGCUUGCUCCAAAUGCAUCCUACCCCUUUCAUCAUCGAAUUUAGUAUGAUUUUAUCUUCCCUACUGAAGAUGAAGCAUUACUCCACCGCUAUAUCCCUUUCUCACCAAAUGGAACUUAAGGGAAUUGCGCCAAACUUUAUUACUCUCAGCAUAUUGAUCAACUGUUACUGCCAUCUAGGUCAAAUCACUUUCGCAUUUUCUGUAUUGGCCAACAUUCUCAAGAGGGGUUAUCACCCAAAUACAAUCACCUUAAAUACACUUAUCAAAGGUCUCUGUCUUAAAGGCAAGGUUCGAAGAGCGCUUCGAUUUCAUGACGAUUUGGUGGCACAGGGAUUUCGGUUGGAUCAAUUUAGUUACGCGAUCUUGAUCAAUGGGUUAUGCAAAAUGGGAGAAACAAGUGCUGCAUUGGAAUUGCUUAGAAGGCAAUUGGUUAAGCCUGAUGUGGUAAUGUACACUACAAUCAUUGAUAGCUUGUGUAAAGAUAAACUUGUAAGUGAUGCAUAUGACUUAUAUUCUGAAAUGGUUGCCAAGAGAAUUCCACCUAAUGCUGUGACUUAUACUUCAUUGAUAUAUGGCUUUUGCAUUGUUGGUCAAUUGCAACAAGCGGUUGGUUUGUUAAACGAAAUGAUUUUGAAACGCAUGGACGUGGAAGUUCAUACUUUUAAUAUAUUGGUUGAUGCUUUAUGUAAGGAAGGAAAUGUGAAAGAAGCAAAAAAUGUGUUUGCUGUGAUGAUGAAAGAAGGCGUGAAACCUAAUAUUGUUAGUUAUAGUUCUUUGAUGGAUGGGUAUUGUCUAGUUAAGGAAGUAAACAAGGCCAAAGAUAUAUUCAACUUAAUGGUCCAAAGGGGAGUGAGUCCUGAUGUUCAGAGCUACACUAUCGUAAUUAAUGGUUUGUGUAAGAUUAAAAUGGUGGAUGAAGCCUGGAAACUUUUAGAUGAAAUGCAUUCCGAAAAGAUAAUUGCUGAUACAAUAUGCUACAAUUCUCUUAUUGAUGGUUUGUGCAAAUUAGGGAGAAUCUCUGAUGCUUGGAAGCUUGUUAAUGAGAUGCAUCAUAGAGGUACACCACCUGAUGUUAUCACUUACAACCCUUUACUUGAUGUUUUAUGCAAAAGCCAUAAUGUUGACAAGGCAAUUGCAUUAAUCAAGGAAAUUCAAGAUCAGGGUAUUAAGCCAGAUGUCUUUACAUACACUAUACUAAUUGAUGGACUAUGCAAAGUAGGAAGACUUAAGGAUGCUCAGGAGAUUUUUCAGGAUAUUUUAAUAAAAGGCUACAAUGUAACUGUCCAGGCAUACACAGUUAUGAUCAAUGGGUAUUGCAAAGAGGGCUUGUGUGAUGAAGCAUUGGCAUUGAUUUCAAAAAUGGAAAGCAGCGGUCGUAUGCCUGAUGCUGUAACUUAUGAAAUAAUUAUUCGAGCUCUUUUUGAAAAAGGUGAGAAUGAUAAGGGAGAGAAGCUUCUUCGUGAAAUGGUUGCUAGAGGUUUACUUUACAACUAGGAUUUCUGAUAUAUGCUUGGCAUGACUUGGUUAAAGAUUUGAAUAAGGAAGUGCUGUGUACAAAACCUUCUCUAAAGCUCACUGCCCCGGAGGUUUUAGGUAAGUUUACUUCUUUUUCUUUUUUCCCCACCCCCACUGUCAAUGACCCAUUUGCUUGAGAGAGAACUGAUCAUUUAACUGUUGAAUGAGCUUGAGCUUCUGAAUGAAGGAAAUCGCUUCUGGUGAUGAUUUCAUCCGCAUUGAUCAACAUAUAAAUAAAUAAUCCAGAGUUAGAAAGCACCAAAAGUGAAGGAUCACAUUUGCAAGUAGUGAACUCCAAGUGAAUUAGAGCUGUUGUCAACCUUUCAAAACAGGUCCGAGGAGCCUGUUUUGUUUUAGGCCAUAAAGAGCCUUAUGCAACUUACAAACCAUGCUCUUGUCAGUUUCACCAUUGCAUGUAUACUUCUUCCUCAAGAAUGCCAUUUGAAAAGGCAUUGUUGACAUCCAGCUGCUGUAUAGGCCAUUGUUGUGUUAAAGCAAGGGUGAGAACAACCUGAACAAUAAUAGGUUUGGUAACUGUACUAAAAGUUUCAGUAUAGUCAAACUCGUGUUGUUGAUGAAACCCUUUUGCAACAAGAUGAGACUUGUAUUUAUUGACUGAUCCAUCGGGAAUUUCCUUAAUCUUGAAUUCCCACUUGCAUCGAUCUAAUAGCCUCUCUAAGUGGAGGAAGAGAAUCUAAUGACCAAGUCUUGUUAUUAAUCAAUGCAUCAUACUCACUUUUCAUAGCUGCAACCCAUUGGGGAUGAGCAAGAGUCUGUUUCACAGUAGCAGGUUCUAUUUGAGCAUUUAAGAGUGUGGGGGUGAAGUAUGGAAACAAUUCCAAACUUGGACAUAGUUUGCAUUGGAUGAUUAUUUAAAACAGGAACCAGGUGAGUCGAAGGGGCACAGUCCCAAUAUCUAGUAGGCAUAGAAGCAUGAGCAAGCAAAGAUAAAUACAAUUCUACAAUAUGUCUAUGCUUGCGUUCACAUUUUGUUGAUGAGUAUAAGGACAAAUUAGCCUGUGUGAUAUGCCAAAAUUCUUGAGAACUCUCCCCCUCCCCCAAUCUGUUUGUACGGAUUUAAUUUUAGUGUUUAAUUGCAGCUCAAAAGAAGAUUUAAUCUCUUACCCUUAAAUGCGAGUCAUCGCCACAUUACCAUAUUCCCUCUACGGAAGUACUGAUGUUAUCCAUACUUGUAGCGUCGUUCGCUUCACCGUGUCAACGAGACACGCCAUCUGACCUCAUCGUUAGGAAGACUUUCGACACAAGGAGCUGUUAUCAUGGCUACACCACCCAUCGACUUCGAUACCAUGUCAAGCAACCAAUUAUCCCAAAAGGUUAAGCUUUUACUUUGGGCUAAUUGGUUAUUUGACAUGGUAUCAGAGUCUCUAUGACUAAGUUGUCUAGAGUUCCAUCCAUGCCGCCUCCAAUUUUUCUAAUAAAAAGUUGAAUUUCAACACUUGAUAGGUGGGGCUAUGCAUUGUCCUUACUUCAAGCCUAAAGGGCUCUUGCGUGAGAGGGCGUGUUAGAAUAUAAUAUGAAAC